AUGGAAUCCAUAAGUGAAGGUUAUGAUCAAGAGGAUGGAAAAGGUUCUCCAGCGAGUGACAAAUCUCGUUCACCAUCGAGGCCUGGAAGUGCUCUUGGCAUCAGAGCAUUUAGAUCUAGAUUCAAGUCUGGUUCACCCCGAUCAAGAUCCGGCAGCAGAGCAGAUUCUAAGGGUUCUAAAUCAAGAUCACGUUUUGGAGACUCGAACGGCUCCAGAUCUAGAUCACGUUCUGGGUCAGCAAAGUCGAGGUCUAGGUCACGUUCUGGGUCAGCAAAGUCGAGGUCUAGGUCACGUUCAGGAUCAGCAAAGGCAGCAUCUCGGUCAAGAUCACGUUCUGGGUCAGCAAAGUCGAGGUUUAGAUCGCGUUCUCGCUCAAGAUCCCGAUCUAGGUCACGUUCUGGGUCCGUUAAAUCGGAACCCGAGUCUAGAAAAUCGAGGUCAGGAAAUGGAGCUAAAAGAGGUCGUAAACGUGUUCUGCUAUCUGAUUCGGAGGAUGAAGAAGAGUUGCAGCUAAAUUCAAAGACGAUGUUGGUUAGUGAUGCUCAAGAAGAAAACGAAGCACAUCCUCCUCAGGAAAAUAACAAUCCUGAUGAAGUAGUUGAUAGGAGCGGUCAUAAUGAUGACAAAGGAUUAUCAGAUUUUGAAGCUAUGUUGCAAAGGAAAAGGGGAGAGGGCUCUAAGAGAAGAAAUAGGAAAACCAUCGAUAUUAUUAAUGACAAUGAUGAUAUCAUAGCUGAACUACUUUGUGACAUGAGAAAUGCAGCAGAGGAAGACCGUAAAUUGAACCAGAUGAUGAACCCAGCAACAAAAAAAAUUGGAAUGUUGACCAAAGUUAUUUCUCAAUUGAAAAAGCAUGAUUUGCAACUAGGAUUCAUAGAACACAAUGUGCUGAAUGUUCUUACCGGUUGGCUAGCUCCAAUGCCCGAUAGAUCAAUGCCUUCUCUGCAAAUCAGGGAAGCUCUUUUAAAGCUUUUAUCGGAUUUUCCCAGAGUCGACCAGUCAACUCUAAAACAAUCGGGUAUCGGAAAAGCUGUGAUGUACUUGUAUAGGCACCCAAAAGAAACGAAAGAGAACAGAGAGAGGGCCGAACGAUUGAUCCGUAAAUGGGUUAGCCCUAUAUUCAAUUUGUCUACAGACUUUAGAGUUUUGAGCAAAGAGGAGAGAUUUCAGAGAGACUAUGAGCAAAGGGGAACAAAGAGAUGGAAAUCGGAUGUGCAGACAGCCCAAGAAAGGAAAGAACACAAUCAAGCAUUGAACGCAGAGGGACAACCUCUCAGACCCGGAGAAAAAGGUUGCGUUGCCAGAGCGAGAGUUCCUGUACCUUCCAAUAAGGUUUACCUGAACAGGCUUAAAUGGCAGUCCGACGUUGAUAUUAGUAAGCAAACGAAGAAGAGACUCAACAGAUUUGAAAAGCAUUACAAAAAUUUCUUGGAUUGCAAGAGACUGAAGAAACCUAGGAGAGCUGUCGAAAUAUCGAUGGAAGGAAGAAAAUUAGCAUUAUAA